AACAGAGAGUGGGUGAUGUCUGCUGCUCACUGCUUCUCCAGUACAAGUACAUCUGGAUGGCGGAUCUCUCUCGGUCGUCAGAACCUGCAGGGUGAUAAUCCAAACGAAGUGUCCAGAACUGUUGCCGAAAUCAUUUUGCAUCCAAACUAUGACAGUGCCACCAGCGACAAUGACAUUGCUCUGCUGAGACUCUCCUCACCAGUCACAUUCACAGACUACAUCAGACCUGUGUGUCUGGCAGCCAGUGACAGUGUGUUCAACAACGGUACUGAUAGCUGGGUCACUGGCUGGGGCGCAGUACAGGAGGGAGUGGCAUUACCGUUCCCUGCAACUCUUCAAGAAGUGGAGGUUCCAGUUCUGGGAAACAGACAGUGUAACUGUCUCAAUGGAGUCGGUACAGUGACGGGUAACAUGAUCUGUGCUGGUGUUCUGGCAGGAGGCAAAGACUCAUGUCAGGGUGACUCAGGAGGUCCGAUGGUGAACCAGCAGGGCUCUGUCUGGGUCCAGUCUGGAGUUGUUAGUUUUGGUUUUGGCUGUGCUCGGCCCAAUCUGCCUGGAGUCUACUCCAGAGUGUCCAGGUACCAGUCCUGGAUCAACUCCCACAUCAGCUCUGAUAAGCCAGGCUUUGUCCAGUUCACCUCCAGUGGGCUGGAUGCUGACAGCAGCUACACCUGUCCUGGUCUGCCACCUCCUGUUAUCACUGCUAUUACUACUCCUAGUGCAGAAUCUGAGACAAGUACAGAUUCAGGAUCCACAGCACCAAGUGCUGAAUUGUGUGGCGUCACUCCCCUGAACAACAGGAUAGUUGGAGGUGAAGAUGCUCCAGCAGGAAGUUGGCCCUGGCAGGUCAGUCUGCAGAGAUUUGGCGGCCAUGUUUGUGGUGGUUCCCUCAUCAACAGAGAGUGGGUGAUGUCUGCUGCUCACUGCUUCUCCAGUACAAGUACAUCUGGAUGGCGGAUCUCUCUCGGUCGUCAGAACCUGCAGGGUGAUAACCCAAACGAAGUGUCCAGAACUGUUGCCGAAAUCAUUUUGCAUCCAAACUAUGACAGUGCCAGCAAUGACAAUGACAUUGCUCUGCUGAGACUCUCCUCACCAGUCACAUUCACAGACUACAUCAGACCUGUGUGUCUGGCAACCAGUGACAGUGUGUUCAACAACGGUACUGAUAGCUGGGUCACUGGCUGGGGCGCAGUACAGGAGGGAGUGGCAUUACCGUUCCCUGCAACUCUUCAAGAAGUGGAGGUUCCAGUUCUGGGAAACAGACAGUGUAACUGUCUCAAUGGAGUCGGUACAGUGACGGGUAACAUGAUCUGUGCUGGUGUUCUGGCAGGAGGCAAAGACUCAUGUCAGGGUGACUCAGGAGGUCCGAUGGUGAACCAGCAGGGCUCUGUCUGGGUCCAGUCUGGAGUUGUUAGUUUUGGUUUUGGCUGUGCUCGGCCCAAUCUGCCUGGAGUCUACUCCAGAGUGUCCAGGUACCAGUCCUGGAUCAACUCCCACAUCAGCUCUGAUAAGCCAGGCUUUGUCCAGUUCACCUCCAGUGGGCUGGAUGCUGACAGCAGCUACACCUGUCCUGGUCUGCCACCUCCUGUUAUCACUGCUAUUACUACUCCUAGUGCAGAAUCUGAGACAAGUACAGAUUCAGGAUCCACAGCACCAAGUGCUGAAUUGUGUGGCGUCACUCCCCUGAACAACAGGAUAGUUGGAGGUGAAGAUGCUCCAGCAGGAAGUUGGCCCUGGCAGGUCAGUCUGCAGAGAUUUGGCGGCCAUGUUUGUGGUGGUUCCCUCAUCAACAGAGAGUGGGUGAUGUCUGCUGCUCACUGCUUCUCCAGUACAAGUACAUCUGGAUGGCGGAUCUCUCUCGGUCGUCAGAACCUGCAGGGUGAUAACCCAAACGAAGUGUCCAGAACUGUUGCCGAAAUCAUUUUGCAUCCAAACUAUGACAGUGCCAGCAAUGACAAUGACAUUGCUCUGCUGAGACUCUCCUCACCAGUCACAUUCACAGACUACAUCAGACCUGUGUGUCUGGCAGCCAGUGACAGUGUGUUCAACAACGGUACUGAUAGCUGGGUCACUGGCUGGGGCGCAGUACAGGAGGGAGUGGCAUUACCAUUCCCUGCAACUCUUCAAGAAGUGGAGGUUCCAGUUCUGGGAAACAGACAGUGUAACUGUCUCAAUGGAGUCGGUACAGUGACGGGUAACAUGAUCUGUGCUGGUGUUCUGGCAGGAGGCAAAGACUCAUGUCAGGGUGACUCAGGAGGUCCGAUGGUGAACCAGCAGGGCUCUGUCUGGGUCCAGUCUGGAGUUGUUAGUUUUGGUUUUGGCUGUGCUCGGCCCAAUCUGCCUGGAGUCUACUCCAGAGUGUCCAGGUACCAGUCCUGGAUCAACUCCCACAUCAGCUCUGAUAAGCCAGGUUUUGUCCAGUUCACCUCCAGUGGGCUGGAUGCUGACAGCAGCUACACCUGUCCUGGUCUGCCACCUCCUGUUAUCACUGCUAUUACUACUCCUAGUGCAGAAUCUGAGACAAGUACAGAUUCAGGAUCCACAGCACCAAGUGCUGAAUUGUGUGGCGUCACUCCCCUGAACAACAGGAUAGUUGGAGGUGAAGAUGCUCCAGCAGGAAGUUGGCCCUGGCAGGUCAGUCUGCAGAGAUUUGGCGGCCAUGUUUGUGGUGGUUCCCUCAUCAACAGAGAGUGGGUGAUGUCUGCUGCUCACUGCUUCUCCAGUACAAGUACAUCUGGAUGGCGGAUCUCUCUCGGUCGUCAGAACUUGCAGGGUGAUAACCCAAACGAAGUGUCCAGAACUGUUGCCGAAAUCAUUUUGCAUCCAAACUAUGACAGUGCCAGCAAUGACAAUGACAUUGCCCUGCUGAGACUCUCCUCACCAGUCACAUUCACAGACUACAUCAGACCUGUGUGUCUGGCAGCCAGUGACAGUGUGUUCAACAACGGUACUGAUAGCUGGGUCACUGGCUGGGGCGCAGUACAGGAGGGAGUGGCAUUACCGUUCCCUGCAACUCUUCAAGAAGUGGAGGUUCCAGUUCUGGGAAACAGACAGUGUAACUGUCUCAAUGGAGUCGGUACAGUGACGGGUAACAUGAUCUGUGCUGGUGUUCUGGCAGGAGGCAAAGACUCAUGUCAGGGUGACUCAGGAGGUCCGAUGGUGAACCAGCAGGGCUCUGUCUGGGUCCAGUCUGGAGUUGUUAGUUUUGGUUUUGGCUGUGCUCGGCCCAAUCUGCCUGGAGUCUACUCCAGAGUGUCCAGGUACCAGUCCUGGAUCAACUCCCACAUCAGCUCUGAUAAGCCAGGCUUUGUCCAGUUCACCUCCAGUGGGCUGGAUGCUGACAGCAGCUACACCUGUCCUGGUCUGCCACCUCCUGUUAUCACUGCUAUUACUACUCCUAGUGCAGAAUCUGAGACAAGUACAGAUUCAGGAUCCACAGCACCAAGUGCUGAAUUGUGUGGCGUCACUCCCCUGAACAACAGGAUAGUUGGAGGUGAAGAUGCUCCAGCAGGAAGUUGGCCCUGGCAGGUCAGUCUGCAGAGAUUUGGCGGCCAUGUUUGUGGUGGUUCCCUCAUCAACAGAGAGUGGGUGAUGUCUGCUGCUCACUGCUUCUCCAGUACAAGUACAUCUGGAUGGCGGAUCUCUCUCGGUCGUCAGAACCUGCAGGGUGAUAACCCAAACGAAGUGUCCAGAACUGUUGCCGAAAUCAUUUUGCAUCCAAACUAUGACAGUGCCAGCAAUGACAAUGACAUUGCUCUGCUGAGACUCUCCUCACCAGUCACAUUCACAGACUACAUCAGACCUGUGUGUCUGGCAGCCAGUGACAGUGUGUUCAACAACGGUACUGAUAGCUGGGUCACUGGCUGGGGCACAGUACAGGAGGGAGUGGCAUUACCGUUCCCUGCAACUCUUCAAGAAGUGGAGGUUCCAGUUCUGGGAAACAGACAGUGUAACUGUCUCAAUGGAGUCGGUACAGUGACGGGUAACAUGAUCUGUGCUGGUGUUCUGGCAGGAGGCAAAGACUCAUGUCAGGGUGACUCAGGAGGUCCGAUGGUGAACCAGCAGGGCUCUGUCUGGGUCCAGUCUGGAGUUGUUAGUUUUGGUUUUGGCUGUGCUCGGCCCAAUCUGCCUGGAGUCUACUCCAGAGUGUCCAGGUACCAGUCCUGGAUCAACUCCCACAUCAGCUCUGAUAAGCCAGGCUUUGUCCAGUUCACCUCCAGUGGGCUGGAUGCUGACAGCAGCUACACCUGUCCUGGUCUGCCACCUCCUGUUAUCACUGCUAUUACUACUCCUAGUGCAGAAUCUGAGACAAGUACAGAUUCAGGAUCCACAGCACCAAGUGCUGAAUUGUGUGGCGUCACUCCCCUGAACAACAGGAUAGUUGGAGGUGAAGAUGCUCCAGCAGGAAGUUGGCCCUGGCAGGUCAGUCUGCAGAGAUUUGGCGGCCAUGUUUGUGGUGGUUCCCUCAUCAACAGAGAGUGGGUGAUGUCUGCUGCUCACUGCUUCUCCAGUACAUCUGGAUGGCGGAUCUCUCUCGGUCGUCAGAACCUGCAGGGUGAUAACCCAAACGAAGUGUCCAGAACUGUUGCCGAAAUCAUUUUGCAUCCAAACUAUGACAGUGCCACCAGCGACAAUGACAUUGCUCUGCUGAGACUCUCCUCACCAGUCACAUUCACAGACUACAUCAGACCUGUGUGUCUGGCAGCCAGUGACAGUGUGUUCAACAACGGUACUGAUAGCUGGGUCACUGGCUGGGGCGCAGUACAGGAGGGAGGUGAGUCUGCUUUGGUAUUACCGUUCCCUGCAACUCUUCAAGAAGUGGAGGUUCCAGUUCUGGGAAACAGACAAUGUAACUGUCUCAAUGGAGUCGGUACAGUGACAGGUAACAUGAUCUGUGCUGGUGUUCUGGCAGGAGGCAAAGACUCAUGUCAGGGUGACUCAGGGGGUCCGAUGGUGAACCAGCAGGGCUCUGUCUGGGUUCAGUCUGGAGUUGUUAGUUUUGGUUUUGGCUGUGCUCGGCCCAAUCUGCCUGGAGUCUACUCCAGAGUGUCCAGGUACCAGUCCUGGAUCAACUCCCACAUCAGCUCUGAUAAGCAGGCUUUGUCCAGUUCACCUCCAGUGGGCUGGAUGCUGACAGCAGCUACACCUGUCCUGGUCUGCCACCUCCUGUUAUCACUGCUAUUACUACUCCUAGUGCAGAAUCUGAGACAAUGUGUGGCGUCACUCCCCUGA